UUGUAAAUAAAUAGUCUUUGGUCACACACGCAUGACAGAAGCUGACGUCACAUGCGUUUCUAACUGCGCACUCGGGUAGGAGCCGGCAUUCACGUUAUCUUACGCAUUUCCAUCUAUUAGUUACUAUACUUAAGUAACCGGACUGCAUUCAAAGGCAACGAUUACAGUGCAUUAAAUGCAGGAUUUGGCAAACAUGGCGGCCGAACCUGAAUUCGAUGAAGAAGACGAGCCUUCGUUCAGCGACCCGGAGGAUUUUGUGGAUGACAUCGAUGAUGAAGAGUUGUUGGAGGAUGUUUUGCGAGAGAGACCUCUGGAAGCUGAUGGGAUAGAUUCAGUGGUCGUAGUGGACAAUGUUCCCCAGGUGGGCCCUGAACGUCUGGAAAAACUGAAAAAUGUGAUCCAUAAAAUCUUCUCAAAGUUUGGAAAAAUCACCAAUGAAUUUUACCCUGAUGCCGCUGGUACCACCAAAGGGUAUAUAUUUUUGGAGUAUGCAUCCCCUAUCCAAGCCCUGGAAGCAGUAAAAAAUGCAGAUGGUUACAAACUGGACAAACAGCACACAUUCAGAGUCAAUCUGUUUACUGAUUUCGAUAAGUACAUGAACAUCAAUGACCAGUGGGAAACACCUGAAAAACAGCCGUUUAAAGACUUUGGUAACAUGAGACACUGGCUGGAAGAUCCAGAUUGUCGUGAUCAGUAUAGUGUCAUUUAUGAAUCGGGAGAGCGAACUGCCAUAUUUUCCAAUGAUGCAAAGGAGCCAAUAUUGGUUGAGGAGCGAGCUCGGUGGACGGAGACAUACGUCCGCUGGUCACCCAAAGGCACGUACCUGGCCACCUUCCAUCAACGAGGAAUUGCAUUGUGGGGUGGAGAAAAGUUUAAGCAGAUACAAAGAUUUAGCCACCAGGGUGUAUCGCUUAUUGAUUUCUCCCCGUGUGAGAGGUAUGUGGUGACCUUCAGCCCAUUGAUGGAUACCAAAGAAGACCCUCAAGCCAUCAUCAUUUGGGAUAUUUUGACGGGACAGAAGAAACGUGGCUUUCAUUGUGAGAGUUCAGCACACUGGCCUAUUUUUAAGUGGAGUCAGGAUGGAAAGUUUUUUGCUAGGAUGACACAAGACACUCUGAGUAUCUAUGAAACACCUUCGAUGGGUCUGCUAGAUAAGAAGAGUUUGAAAAUAACUGGAAUAAAAGAUUUCUCUUGGUCGCCUGGGGACAACAUCAUUGCCUUCUGGGUCCCGGAAGACAAGGACAUUCCGGCGAGGGUCACACUGAUGCAGUUCCCAUCCCGUCUGGAGAUUCGUGUUCGGAAUCUCUUCAACGUGGUGGACUGUAAACUACACUGGCAACGGCAGGGUGACUACCUGUGUGUGAAGGUGGACCGGACGCCCAGGGGAACACAGGGUGUUGUCACUAACUUUGAGAUUUUCCGAAUGAGAGAGAAGCAGGUUCCUGUGGAUGUGGUGGAGAUGAAAGAGAGCAUCAUUGCAUUUGCCUGGGAGCCUAAUGGAAGCAAGUUUGCUGUACUACAUGGAGAAUCGCCCAGAAUAAACGCCUCCUUCUAUCACGUCAAAAGCAACGGCAAGAUAGAGCUCAUCAAGAUGUUUGAUAAGCAGCAGGCCAACAGCAUCUUCUGGAGUCCUCAUGGUCAGUUCAUGGUGCUGGCAGGACUACGCAGUAUGAACGGCGCGCUUACGUUUGUAGACACGUCAGAUUGUACCGUUAUGAGUUUCGCUGAGCAUUACAUGGCAUCCGAUGUGGAGUGGGACCCUACGGGCAGAUAUGUGGUUACUUCUGUCUCCUGGUGGAGCCAUAAGGUGGACAAUGCGUACUGGCUUUGGACGUUUCAGGGUCGGCUCUUGCAAAAGAACAACAAAGACAGAUUCUGCCAGUUGCUAUGGCGACCACGUCCUCCUUCUUUACUCAGUCAAGAUCAAAUAAAGGCAAUUAAGAAGGACUUGAAGAAAUACUCAAAGAUCUUUGAGCAAAAGGACAGACUGAGUCAGUCUAAAGCUUCCAAGGAGUUGGUAGACAAACGUCGGCUGAUGAUGGAAGAUUACAGGAGGUACAGAGAUAACGCCAUUCAGCUUUAUAACCAACAGAGAGAUCUGCGCAUCCAGCUUAGAGGAGGUGUGGACACGGAUGAGCUGGACAGUAAUGUGGAAGAAGAGGAAACCAUUGAGUUCUUCAUUAAUGAAGAAAUUAUUCUUCUGGGAGACAUAGAGUAAGGUCUACACGAAAAGUCUUGUUUUCAACUACAAUGCAUAAAGCCCGGGUCCAUUACAAGUGUUUUAUAUGACUAUCAUGCUGAUUAACAGUGUAUUCCUACAGAAAAGUGAUGCAGUUUGAUUUUAAUGUGAAACCCAGGGUUCAUAUUCCAUUCAUACAUUCGUCAACAAUAUUUCAGGCUUUACAAACUCAUGUAACAAACUCCAUUUAUAUAAAGAAAUAAUCGGCAGUGAAGGGUACUGUUCUGUAGUGUACGAUUUUUCAAAAGGAAACAUAAAAAAUGUACAGUGGGUUUGUGUUUAAUGUAAAAUUUUGUUAUAGGGAUUUUUUUUAAUACUAUUUCUCUUUUAUCCAACAUUCCAGAGGAACUAUGUGUAGAUAACAUUUUGAUGUUCCCAAGUGUUUCAGUAUCAUGAGGCAUGAAGUUAAUCAUGAUAUUUAGAAGUCCCAAAUUCAAGCUGCUUGUACUUUAAAUAAUUUAUAAUUUUAAUUGAGAUUUGUGAAAAAAGUUCAGUACAUUUGUCACAACAUUGGACAUUUUAAUAUAACAUUUUUCUUUUGUAUUUUAUUUCAUUUUGUUUUUAUAAAUUUAAAUGUUAAAAUACUUUCUAUUAUCCAACCUUAAAGGUGCAGUGUGUAAAUUUUAGAAAGUUAUUUUAACAGCAAUGCAAUAUAAUAUAGAUAACUAUGUUUUCAUUGGUGUAUAAAGACUUUACAAAAUGAACUGUAUUGUUUUUAUUACCUUAGAAUGAGUCAUUGUUAUCUACAUACACAGUGGGUCCCCUUACAUGGAGGCAGCCAUUUUGCGACAUCAUGUUUUUACAGUAACCCUAAACGGAAAAAGUACUCUACAGAGCGCAUUUGUCAUUAUGUUGUCUCAGAUGAUGACAUGUUUGUCCUAUUACGGCUACCGUAGCUUCUCUUUGUGCUUCAAAAGGGAAGGGUGCAAUUCACAACCUCACCACUAGAUGCCACUAAAAUCUACACACUACACCUUUAAAAAUAAAGGUUGAUUUUCACAAAAAGUAAACUACUGAUGCUGCAUAAAGAUACUGCUGUGUUUGUUUGAGCGAAUUGGGAUGCAGGCUAACAAAUUACAGACAGGGUGUUUGGACAACAGUCAACAUUCAUUUGUACAGUUUUACUUGGUGAUACUAAUGGUGAGGAGAUGCUCAAUUUCCCAUAAAUCAUAAUAAUGCUUUAAAUGAAGACUACUGUAUGUUUACUUCAAAAUAAAUGUAAUUAAAUUCA